ACCAGUUCAAUUCAGGCAGGUUGGCUCCAGGGGCUUUAGCAGGUCUGAUCUAACCCAGCACAUUUUCCUGACCAGGGACAGCUUCCUCUGGGAGAUGGUAUCUGCACGCAGACAGAGGAGGUUGUCAGGAUGGCAAACUUCAAGGGUCAUGCACUUCCAGGCAGUUUCUUCCUGCUCUUUGGGCUCUGGUGGUCUGUGAAAUACCCACUGCAGUAUCUCAGCCAGAAAGUAAAUAAGAAAUACCACAGGAUUUAUUGCUUCCAGCAUGUGGAUGCCAUCGAAGGGGGACUCAAAAUCAUCUUUGCUCUCAUAGGGAUGCUGGCAGAGCAGUUCGUCCCGGAUGGUCCUCACCUGUACCUCUACAGUGGGGAGAACCACGACUGGGUGAAGCUGAUGAACUGGCAGCACACCACCAUGUACCUCUUCUAUGGCCUCUCUGGUGUGGUGGACAUCUUCACCUACAUCUCCCCAGUGGUGCCGCGGGGUCUGGAUCGCCUCAUGCUGUCUGUGGCAGUGUUUGUUGAAGGUUGUCUCUUUUAUUACCAUGUCCUUCACCGCCCUAUGCUGGACCAGCACAUCCACUCCCUGCUCCUCAUCGCCAUCUUCGCAGGGGCCUGCAGCACCAUGCUGGAGGUCUUUCUGCGUGACAACAUUGUCCUGGAGAUGUUCAGAGCUGGUGUCACCAUCGUCCAGGGAACGUGGUUCUGGCAGAUCGGGGUCGUGCUGUUCCAGCCAUGGGGAGGCCCAAUGUGGGAUGAGAAGGACCACAGCAACAUCAUGUUCCUCACCAUGUGCUUCUUCUGGCACUGGGCAGCCAGUGUGGCCAUCCUGGCUAUAAACUACACUCUCGCUUACUGCUGCAUCCAGAGGUGCAGGGGAGGCAGCGGGGAGCCCUACAUCAGUCUUGGCGUCCGACAGCAGAAGCACAACACGAGCUCCCAAGCCACCUUCUUAAGCGGAUCUGAUGAAGAGUGAAGAGGGUGCAAUCACCUGCUCCAAACACGUGAAGAAUCUCUUUUCUAGAAGGAAAAAAAAACCAACACUAAUGAGAUAGUUCUGUUUUGGGAGAGCAAAGGGAGGUGACACUGUUCUGCUGCUGGGAAGCACAUUGAGCACACAAGGGGGAGCUGCCCCGCAUCCAUACCCGAAUAUUGCCCUUCCUAAACCAGCACUGAGUUUUAGCCACAAAAUUAGGCAUGCGAAUUCAACGUGACAGGAUUGCUUCAUCCUACAGAUUCCCAUGUGUGUUUCUGUAGUGAUGGAGGGCAUCCUUUCACCAGCUGACUUUUCCUAGAGCCUGGAGGCUUUGACCUGCUGUCAUUGGAGUCAAGGACACCUCCAGGCUGAGACCGUGUACCUAUGGAACAAGGCAUCACCCCAAGGAGGAACAGUAAAAGAGUGUUGAGUGUGAGAGGAUGUCAGAUUUGCACCACCACGGCUCGAUUGUGCACAAAGCAGGUUUUAUUACCGAAGCAUUAAACUAAAGAGAGGUUUUGAUUAUAGUUUUUCCCGUUCACUUAAAGGCUGAAAGAGUGAAUAAAUGUGAAAUAAAAAUCCCCACUGAGCCUGAUAUCCUUACAUUUAAGACUGAUAAAUUAUAGAGUGUGUGAUAAUAACUUAGACAAAUCCAUCUCUCAGACCUGCAAAGCCUGAAGGGCUGUAAGAUACAUGGCUAUGCAGCAGGCAUUCAUAAACCCUCCCAGUUUUCCACUGGAAAUAAACCCCUUGGCUUGGAAUGUGA